UAACUAAUAAAAACAAAUAUGGAGUCAAAUUGACCGCAGAAAGUGAAAAAUUGAGAUUUUAAUGAAAUAUUUCAGUAAACAUUGUAAAUAAGCUCAAAAAUGAGUAGGAGAAGACGUGAUAGAGAAGUUGGUAUAGCUUUGCUUGUGUCUACGUUGCAGAAAAAGGGCAUACAACUUGUAGCAAUAGAUUUUGAUCAAACUUUCAUAAAUUUUCACUCUGGUGGAGUAUGGAAGGACAGUGUAGACAAACUAGUGUCCAAAGUACGUCCAUGUAUACGAGACUUAAUGCAGACUUGCCUUGAUAGGGACAUGAAUGUGUGUAUUGUAACGUACUUCAUGCAUCCAUGGGUUAUACGAGAGUUGAUGCAAAAAGUGUUCAGAAGAUCUGAUGCUGAACGUAUUUUAGUGCAGGCCAAUACUGCUGCAUUUCGGGAAAAACACAACCAUGAAUUUCUUGGGAAAGAGGCUCAUAUAGCUGCAAUAUUAACAGAACUUUAUAAUAGAGAUCACCACUUGAAAAUCCGGCCGGAUGAAGUCAUUUUAUUUGAUGAUGAUCAAGACAACACUGAUAUAGCUUUAAAGUUUGGACACAAGGCAUUCCUUGUAACUGAUGAUGUCAGUGAAAAAGCCUUCGAAGAAUUCGCUAAAGAUUUAGACGCAGCUGAAACGAGAAAAUCUUGGAUAAAAUAAAAAUGGAUUGAAAAAAGGAUGAAAAUGAAUUUAUAUUUAAUUUCAUAGAGCUGUAAUAUGAGGUUUUAUUUUUUAAGAUGAUAUUGACUGUAAUAACCUUUGACCAUUUGAGAUUAGUGGAGUACCUUGCGAUUACAAAAUUUUCAGUAGAUCUUAUAUUAUAUAG